UUCAUUUUUUUAGAUUAUGUUUGCCUUUGUGGUUUUUCUGGCAGCAGUUGCCUUCCUUAAUGCUGCCCCCAAACACAUAGGAGAGACAGAUCUUACAGCGCAGCCACUCUCAAACAACAUCACAGCACACGAUAAGCGCGAUGAGGGGUCGUAUCUAUCUGCGUUGGAAAAAGCAAGUGAAAAAGAGGCUUCAGUACUCGCAAAAUAUAAACAUACCAUCGUUCUUUUUGCUAAAAUUGCCAAACAUUUGCCAGUGGAGAAGAGGGAAAACAUAACAAAUACAUUACGAUAUAUAUUUUUAAAAUUGAAAAAAUUCGAAGAUAAGUCUUCCGCCGCAGACGAUGGUGAUUUGAAAAAGAGCUUUGAGGGCAAGAAACUGAAAGAAUUGAAUAUCAACAAAUCAAAAUCCAUUGGUAACAGCACAUAUUUAGAGUCCAGACACCAUGUAGACCAUAGUGCAUUGAACAACAAUACUGAUAAUUAUCUGAUCGAUGUACUUUCAAGCAAACAUUUAGACGCAAAAGCGAAACAUUUCUUAAAGGAUUUACUACUAGCAAAGAAAACACACUCACAAAUCAGAUUGCCCCCAAUACAUCCUUUAAUGUUUGAAUUUGACAACGAAGGAGUAAAACGAGAAAAAAUUAAGAAAGAUGAGGAUAAAAGUGAGGAAGAAUAUGAUAACGACAAUGACAAACAACAUGAGGUGAAAAUAGAUUCAGCUGGCAGGACUGAUUCAAAUGAGGAUCCAAUCUCUAACUUCGCACAAUUUCCAAACGGAAUCCUUUUUGAUGAUGAAGACGUAACUCCUCUACAGACAAAUCAAAAUAUUCUAUCAGUGUCGCAAGUUGCACCAGCAAGUUGGAAUCAAUUUCAACCUGAAAACAUAAUGCAUAGGAACAUAAAUCCAGAGAUUGGUUUCAAUGAUCUCCUAGCAAGCUCUACGCAAAUGGAUGAAAAUAUAAACCUUUACAACGAGUUGACAGAUAUUUUUGGUUUCCCGGAGAAAGAAAUUGAGGCUGUUGAAAAAAAGCAAGAGAGAAGAGGCGAUCUCACAAAAAACACUUUUUCAAAUCAUGCAAUGCUUUCAAACGCCGUUGAGAAAUUUUCUGAUGAUAAUAAAAACAAGGAUGACAGCAAAGAGCUUAAUGAAAAGUAUGUUUCUGAGCAGUUUGUACAUUCAAACUCUAUUCAGAAAGCUAUGGAAAAUACAAUUCAGUUCGAAGAUAAUCAUGCCAGGAAUCUCAAACGCUCACAAAACGUUAAUCCGUCGUCAGAUACAGGGUCAGACCGUAACUUAGUACACCAUCUAGCUAAAUCAGAAAUACCAGAUACCUUCCUGGCUAGUUCUUUGCAAAAAAUUCACACAUUGGACGCAGACGGCCAUUUCAAAGAAAUUCCGGAUCCAGAAAAAGAAAUAAAAGCGCUUGAAAAUCUACUGAAACUAGCAGAAGGAUUUUCUGGACCUAAAAAUCAACAUUCACAAUCCUUCCAAGAUCAAAACAAUUUUUUUAUACCACUGGAUGAGGGGCAAAUGUUUUUGCAAUAUUUGCAGGGUGGUGGUGAUGAUGCAAUUAAAGAUGAUGAGCAAGAAAGUGAAAGUGAGGAAGAAAAUGUAUUACAAAUAAAUGUUGAAAAUAGAAACGGGAAUCGUCUCCUGCAAAGAAAUUCUGCAAACGAAGGCGACAAAGAAAUUUCACCACAAUCGAGUUCAAAGAACUUAAUUGCAGCGUUAUUUCCAAUGGAAAAACAGCCGGAGGUCAAUGUUAUUCAAUUUUCAGGCAGUCAAAAAGAGCAGAAAGAAGAAAGUAGCGAAGAGAUGUUUAAAGAAAAAGCAAGCAUUUUCAGACCCGAUGUUUUAGCUCAAAGCAGAAUCUUUGAAACGGAAAGAAAUGACGUGGAACUAAAUACUGAAAACUCUAAUGAAAGUGAGGAGGCAGGCACUACCAUUGUUCUUUCAGCUAGACAACAGGGACAUCACCAAGUAAUUAGUGACGUUCAAAACAAAAAAACCUCAAGUAAUUCAAUAAGCAAAGAGCAGGAUUCAAGUAUAUCAGGAAGUAACGAGCAAGAUUCUAGUAACUCGGGAAGCGACAAAGUAGGUAUAGGUAAUUCGGAAAGGAACGAGCAGGUUUCAAGCAUUUCAGGAAGUAAUGAACUGGACUCAAAUAUUUCAGGAAUCUCCAAGCAGGAUUCAAGUCAUUCGACGAGCAUUGAGCAUGACUCAAGUAAUUCGGGAAGUAAUGAGCAGGACUCGAGUAAAUCAGAAAGCAACGAACAAGACUCUAGUAAAUCAGACUCUAGUAAAUCAGAAAGCAAUGAAAAAGACUCUAGUAAAUCAGACUCUAGUAAAUCAGACUCUAGUAAAUCAGACUCUAGUAAAUCAGAAAGCAAUGAACAAGACUCUAGUAAAUCAGACUCUAGUAAAUCAGAAAGCAAUGAACAAGACUCUAGUAAAUCAGACUCUAGUAAAUCAGAAAGCAACGAACAAGACUCUAGUAAAUCAGAAAGCAGUGAACAAGACUCUAGUAAAUCAGAAAGCAAUGAGCAGGACUCGAGCAUUUCAGGUAGCAUUGACCAAGAUUCAAGUGAUGAAAGUCAAGAAAGUGAAGACAGCGAAAGUCAAGAGACACGACCUGUCGUCUUUCCUCCUAUCAAUCAUUUGGAUUAUAUUGGGGACCAACUGACUCGAAUUGAUGAAUCUAAACGGGAACGUAAAAUAAGAAAAGAUGUGAAGCCAACCAAUGUUAUUGUUAGAGAUCAUAAACCUGAUGUUUUACCACGACAACCCUUUCCACACAACGAUAUCCCAAAGGAUGAUUUAGUUUUCCCAAGAGUUCAGCCAAAGAACGAGAAGCGUUACGUUCCGAAUUUGCCUGAAGACAAAAGAAUCUUGCUCGAUAUACCAGUUGAUAAUCCAGUUAGAGAGAUUAAUUCUGACUGGAACUUUGAUGAAGUUGAUGAUGAUCUAAAUUUGGUUACGCCAAUAGCGAAUGACGACGAUCUGUUUAUUGCCAUUCAAAAUAUUGAAAGGCGUCUUCCAAAAGACAUGGAACGAAAUAAAAGGCAGAACCUUUACAAAAAGAAAACAAAUUAUGGUUAUAAUGGCAUCAUAAGGUUAACAUCAAAAUAUUCCAAUAGAAAGGGAAUCAAACAUAAAAGAUAUUCAACAAAAUACAAGAAGAUUUUACCAUAUACAGAAAAUUUACAUAGAAACGAUGUAGGUUACAUUGAACCAGAAAUUUUCGACAGAUUUUUACCAUAUUCUGAUGAUACUGACGAGUUCAGGGAAGGUCAGAUAUACAGGGACUCCUUUGGGUACCAAGGCCCAUAUUCCAUGUAUAAAAAAUCGACACACAGUGGUAACGGUUUGAUUAAACUGACUCCAGAAGAACUACACGAGUUAAAUGUAAUAUAUAAGGACUCCUUAAGACACCAAAGCUUGGACUCAUUGUAUAGAAAAUCAAUGCACAGUGGCCACAGGUUACUGAAACUGACUGCAAAAGAACUACACGAGCUAAAUAAAAUAUACAUGGACUCCUUAGGAUACCAGAGCUUGGAUUCAUUGUAUAAAAAAUCGACGCACAGUGGCAACUUGUUACUGAAACUGACUGCAAAAGAACUUGAAGAACUGAAUCAGAUAUACAGAGCCACCAGGAAAUACAGACCAGCCCCGUUUGCAAAAUCUAGGAACCAUCACUAUUCAGUUCUUCAAAGUCCCCAUCGCAUACUGAACGAACAGAUUCGGGGUAAUGGAGACCGAAGCACUGAUAGAAUAUCUUAUGGUGGAAGAAGUUUGUUUGGAAGAAGGCUUUUGGAAAGAAGAAUAUUUAACGAAGAAAUGACGAGACCCAGACACAGGGCAUUCUCCAGACAAGGAUUUCACAGGCACCCCAGAGCAAAUCAUUUAUCGGAGAACAGGGCCUAUUCCUAUCCAGACAUAAAUACAAGAAGGCAACGGUGAUGUCUCUAAAACUUCCAUUGCUUCAUAUUUAAUUUCACAUUGUAUAUCAAUUAUUGUCAGACCUUAUCUCAUCUUCAACUCUUAUUUAUUCAAAUUUUUGAAAUCCCUCACUUCAUUGUGUUUUAUUUUUGUUGCCAUAAACGCCCUGUUAAGAACAUGAUGUCAUUAAAGAGUUCAA